UACGUGGAAUCGAAAGAAGAAUCAUAACGACCUACCUACAAGCAAUUGACUUGAACAACAAAGCCAUAUCUCACGCUCAAUCUCUCUCUCACCCUUUCCCUUGCCUGUAAGCCUCAUUCAACUUGGGCACUUUUUCGACGUUUCCUUUCAGAGAGCCCUCAUACCUCGAGGCUCUAUCCUGCUAAUUCAGCACAGCAUAGCUGCACAGUCGUAGCUUCUCUCAACAUUUUGGGAGUGGGAAUCAGAUGAUGCAAAAUUUAAUUUUGCUUGGACAAAGAAAUGUGGAUAGGAGAUAAAAUGAGUUAAAAUGCACGAUUUUUCUGGUGAUGAUGGGCAAAAUCAGCUAUGAUGAAAUGAGAGGUUGUCUGAAAGAGGACCUUAAACCAUGGCUGCAAUGUCUUCUAGUAACAGUACUUUGCAGGGGUAUGAUGAUAAUGGAGUUCAGAAACAAAGCACAGGCUUUGUAAACAGGAGUAAAAUUGAAACACAACUUUCUCCAAGUCAUUUCAAAGGGGAUGUCAAUUUUAGCCAUCUUCAAGACCAAGAGGCUAUGGAACUUUAUUCGCGAGCCAGAGCGCAGGAAGAGGAGAUCCAGUUUCUUCACAAACAAAUUGCUAUAGCAUAUGUUAGGGAAAUGCAGCUAUUGAAUGAGAAGUAUAUGCUAGAGAGGAACCUCUCUGACUUACGAAUGGCAAUUGAUGAGAAACAAAAUGAAGCCAUUUCUUCUUCCUUAAAUGAGUUGGUUCAAAGAAAAGGCGAUCUUGAGGAAAGUUUGAAAUUGGCUCAUGAUUUGAAGGCUACAGAAGAUGAGAGAUAUAUCUUCGUGUCUUCCUUGCUUGGGUUAUUGGCUGAAUUUGGUAUCCGGCCUCGUGUUAUGAAUGCCUCUGUGAUAUCCAAUACGAUAAAGGUGCUUCAUGAUCAACUGCACUGGAAGAUUAGAAAUUCACAUGAUAGAAUUAGAGGAUUAACAUCCACGGUUGAUACUCAUGGUGGAAGUGUGUCUCGUGAUAAUGAUAUCCCAGUUUUUGACAAUUUGAGAGGACAACUUCAUCCCAGAUCCAUGGGUCAGCAACCAACUGAGGAAAUAUCAAGAUCAAUGCAGUAUAAUGAUCUUCCUGAUAUGAAAAACUUGAUGCUUAAUGUUGACAUGCCACAGUUAAUCAAUAAUGACAAUGUUCAGGAGUUCUCAUCCAAUACUGAUAGGGUGAUGCCUGGCUCUCUAUCUCGUACCUCUGCUGUUGAAAGUGAUCUCAAGGUCAAUGCAGGAAAAAUGACUGAUGCCACCUCAUUUCAGCAUACCACCAAGCAUAAUGACUCUGAUUCUGAAGAGGGCCCUGGCAUAGAGGGUUUUCAGAUCAUUGGUGAUGCUAUACCAGGAGGCAGGCUUCUUGGAUGUGGAUAUCCUGUACGUGGGAAUUCUUUGUGUAUUUUUCAGUGGGUUCGUCAUCUUCAGGAUGGCACCAGACAGUACAUUGAAGGUGCCACAAAUCCAGAAUAUGUUGUUACAGCUGAUGAUGUUGAUAAACUGAUUGCUGUUGAGUGCAUACCAAUGGAUGACAAAGGCCGUCAGGGGGAUCUGGUGAAGCUUUUUGCAAAUGAUCAGAACAAAAUAAAAUGUGACCCAGAAAUGCAGUCGGAGAUUGACACACAUAUUGCUAGAGGACAAGCAGCGUUUAGUGUUCUAUUGCUGAUGGAUACUUCUGAGAAUUGGGAACCAACAACUCUAUCAUUGAGACGAUCAAGCUAUCAAAUUAAGAUCAAUAGCACAGAAGCUGUGGUGAUUGCAGAGAAGUUUUCGAAGGAUCUGUCGAUAAAAAUUCCUAGUGGGCUUUCAACUCAAUUUGUUUUGACAUGUUCUGAUGGAUCUUCCCGUCCUUUUAGUACAUACAGUGUUCGAAUGCGUGAUACUCUUGUAUUGACCAUGAGAAUGUUCCAGAGCAAGGCACUGGAUGAAAAAAAGAAAGGAAGAGCCUAGAAUCAUGUGUUCCAAGUACAUUGUUCAUAGGAAUUGUUUAAAUUGAUGAAAAGAAGAAACAAUAAAUCCAAAUAAUGUGUCAUGACAAAAGAAUGUCUUAGAGUUUUCUUAUUUCCAUUGUACUCUAGAUUCGGAUUGAACUAAAAGUUAAAUUAUGAAGCAAUGUAGCAGUUAGCUUUCCGUA